AUGGGUAUCGACUUGGAUCGUCAUCAUGUGCGCAGCACACAUCGCAAGGCGCCAAAGAGCGAAAACGUCUACCUUCAGCUCUUGGUGAAGUUGUACCGGUUCCUUGCUCGUCGUACCGACUCCAACUUCAACAAGGUUAUCCUUCGCCGACUCUUCAUGUCCAAGAUUAACCGCCCACCUGUCUCCUUGUCUCGUAUCGUCUCCAAUGUGAGCGAGGCCCAAAAGGAAAAGACCGUCGUUGUCGUUGGAACUAUCACAGAUGACAACCGUCUCUUGACUGUUCCCAAGCUGUCCGUUGCCGCGCUUCGCUUCACUGCCACCGCCCGUGCCAGAAUUGAGAAGGCCGGAGGCGAGAUCCUCACUCUCGACCAGCUUGCUCUCCGUGCUCCCACAGGCUCCAACACUCUUUUGCUCCGUGGACCCAAGAACGCUCGGGAAGCCGUCAAACACUUUGGCUUUGGCCCUCACAGUCACAAGAAACCAUAUGUCCGAAGCAAGGGCCGCAAAUUCGAACGUGCUCGUGGACGCAGACGAUCUCGUGGUUUCAAGGUCUAA